AUGUCUGAUAGACGCAAUAUUCAAUUAAGCAUGAGUCUCAUGCCGAUUUACUACGCUGUAACUACGAAAAUCGCUUGCAUCGCCGUCAAGUUAACCAUCGGAGGCCUCAACAGAGGCCGCCCAUCAGACGAACCUCAUUACUUCCAAACCAUUGUUGGAAAUGUCGAAAAUACAUUUGGUCACAUUGAGGCAUAUGACGACCUUGGGCCACUCACCAUCUCUGUCGAGUAUGAAUUAUUCGAGAACCCGUUUCUGGCGUGGAAAGCGGAUCGACCUGUACAAGGGGAUCUUAGGAUCCAAUAUGAUGCUGUACCGGUCGCACAAGAUGUAGUUUCUUCUAGUCUUGAGAACCAGAUGGACGCGAGAAUUGAGAAAGGGUUUGUUGGCAUAGCCUCGUCGUUUAUACCCCUUCCAGCUGUUGAAGAAACUGCCGCGGUGGAUGUGACGAUUGAGUGGGAUCUCCAGUCAACACAGAAAAAGAAUGAAACCAGAACGCUGAGUAGUUUUGGGGAAGGAAACGUCUUAAAAAAAGCAACAUCCAUCAAAGAGUUGUCGGAAUGUGUCUUCAUGGUUGGCAAAGUCAGCAGCUAUCUACCAAGCCCUUCUCUUGAUGAAGAUGGAUCUAGAGGAGGGCUUCGUGGAAUUCAUUGGAUGGGCACACUACCGAGCAACCUUGAAGCUAUGAAAGAAUUCACUAUCAAUAUGGUUCCUCGUCUUUGCGCUUUCUUCAAAGAUGAGAGCGCUACUCGCCAAAUAUUCUUGCGUAAAGUUCCUAGAGGCCUUCGAGCAACUCAAGUAGCGAGCGAGAUCCUCAUCGAUUAUGACGACGACAGUAAAGAUGAGAAUGACUGGGAUUUAGUACGGCUCUUCAAUUCCUCCCUGAUAGCUACAUGGGCCAUUCUGGAUCCUGAAGACGAUGGCACGCCAAACGAUUGGUUCACUCAUGGAAUAUCUCACAUCUACACAAUCUAUCUCCCAUUCCGCUUCGGCCAACGUUCCCCCGACUACUUCCGCGCCACUCUCAACAGCUACCUCUCAUCAUACUUUACGAAUCCCUUUGUAUCCUACCCAAUGGACAAGAUUCCGCUUGACUCAUGGUACGGAAAGGCAGCCAUUGCAAUGCGCAGCUGCAUCUACAUGAUCCGCAUGGACUGCUUCACCCGUCGAGCAUCAGUCGCUCGCAACGCAGGUAUCCUUAGGCCAAUCGACGAAAUCGUAGCUGAUAUCAGCAUCCGUCGACGUCGUGGCGAAAAAGUUCAGAUCAAAGACUGGCUAAAGUAUCUGGGGGAUUGGAUUGGCGAAGAGGCUGCAGAGCAGCACUUCCACCGAAUGAGAAGUGGUGAAAUCAUGGGCUUGGAAGAUAUGAAGACGGCCUUUGAUGGCAUUUACCCGGAUGAGCAACGAGUAUUGGAUAUGGGGUUUGACGAAUCAAGUCUCGCAGAGGAGAUCGUGAGCGGAGUGGUUGAGCAUUCCGAGGCGGCGAAAGGAGGACUGAUGAAUGGAGAUGAGAUUCUAUGGCACUCGAGGGCAGAAUAUUGUGGAACACACUACGAAGACAAAUUUCGCCUUGUCGUGGAUCGACGGGGCCAAACAAUCAAUAUUGAGUUUUGGCCAAGGAGCAACAGCGUUGUUAAAAGUUGGAUAUCCAAGAAGAAGCAGACGUAG